AAAACUAUAAUUCAGGGUCGGAAAGGACACAGUCGAUAAAGUACAGUGAACAGUGCAAUAGGAAAAUGGUAUUCAAUUUCAAAGUUUUCAAGAAAGUGUCGCCCAAUGGAAAGCUUACAUUGUAUCUGGGAAAGCGUGAUUUUGUCGAUCAUAUUUCUGCCGUUGAACCGAUAGACGGUGUAGCUCUACUGCAUGAUGACUACGUUAAGGAUAGGAAGGUAUUCGGUCAGGUCAUCUGUAGUUUCCGCUAUGGUCGCGAGGAAGACGAGGUUAUGGGUCUCAACUUUCAAAAAGAUCUCUAUCUUGCUUCAGAACAGAUUUACCCUCCCAAAGAGGGCAAAGAGCAGAAUCUUACCAAGCUUCAGGAGCGUCUGGUGAAGAAGCUGGGUCCGAACGCAGUGCCAUUUACAUUCACGAUCAACCCAAGUGCGCCUGCGUCAGUCACACUGCAGCCGGGACCGGAGGACGAGGGGCAUCCGUGUGGUGUUCAGUACUUUGUAAAACUGUUCACCGGCCAAAACGAGACUGACCGCACCCAUAGAAGGAGCACAGUGUCGAUGGCAAUUCGCAAAGUGCAGUUCGCGCCUUCAAAGCAGGGUCGCCAACCUUGCACCGUCGUCAGAAAGGAUUUCCUGCUCAGUCCUGGCGAACUCGAGUUGGAGGUUGUUCUUGAUAAGCAGUUGUACCACCAUGGCGAGAAGAUAGGCGUGAACCUGUGCAUUCGAAACAACAGCAACAAAAUUGUGAAGAAGAUAAAGGCGAUGGUGCAUCAGGGAGUCGACGUCAUGAUAUUCCAGAACGGACAGUAUCGGUCGGCGGUCGCCAGUCUUGAAACCCAGGAAGGAUGCCCGAUCAACCCCGGCUCAUCGCUGCAGAAGGUGAUCUACCUGGUUCCGAUAAUUGAGUCCAACAAGGAUAGACGUGGCAUUGCGUUGGAUGGUCAGCUCAAGCAUCAGGACACCAAUCUCGCUUCGUCAACACUACUGGCGUCUCCAGAUGCGAAGGACGCGUUCGGCAUAGUGGUGUCCUACUCGGUCAAGGUCAAACUGUAUCUGGGUGCGCUGGGAGGGGAGGUGUCCGCUGAACUGCCCUUCAUUCUCAUGCAUCCCAAGCCGGGAACAAAUACAAGCAAGGUGAUGAGAAAUGAUAGCCAGGUGGAAGUUGAGAGUUUCCGACAAGACACCAUUGACAUUUCGUCAGAUUCCAAAGUGCCAAUCUGCUGAAUUUCAUCUCUCUAUUCCAAUCCUUCAAUUUCUCAAUUUGUAUUUGAAUCUGUCUACCUAUAUUUUAUCCCCUUUCCGAAUGAUUCAAUCUCUAUUUCGUCUCUAAAUAUUAUUUAUUUUGAUCUCUCAAUAUUUAGUUCAUCCUCAUUUAUUGCUACACAUAAUCUUAAUUUUUAUUCCAAUCUUAGUGAUGAUCUCACUGAUGCCCACAAAAAAAAUCUAUAGUGUUUUCUGUUUUCUACUAUUAUUAAAUUGAUUCAAAUGGUAUGUAAGUAUCUAUUUAUUCCUGUAUAAAAUCAAAAAUGUUAUUUCAUCUUACAAAGAGCUAUAGUUAUUUCUGUGGCUUAGUGCAAAAACCACCAAUGUCAAUUUUUUUUCAAAAAUGAGUUUAAUACACUAAUACAUCACUAACAUCGAUUAUUUUCAGUUCCAGAAGUGCAAAUGUCCUAUCUCAAAGCAAUAAAAAAGUUAUAAAAUUUAUACUACCAAUGUCAUGAUUUAGUAAAUUAGUUUUAGUAUUUAGUAAUUCCACUCUCAGAGUGUGAAAACUAGGUACCAAUGAAGACAUAUGUUUUUAGAUUGUCAUUGAUACUCCGUGCCAGAACAACCAAUGUCGACUUCUGCACUUCUAGCACGCGAAUUUCCGUAUCGAAAUGCCAUAGUUCGAAAAUACAAGGUGAAAUUUCAAGCUGAUUUGUGAGAAAGUUGACAUUUUGACAUAGGUAGUUCUUGCACCACGCCACAGAUUUAUCAAGUCAUAGAAAUUAUAAUCAUUGGUAAUAAUAUUGACAGACAUGAAAUUAUUUUUUUUAUUCUAAUACACUAAUACUAAUGUUUUUAAUAAUUUACAUUUAUUACAUUUACAUUUAUUACAUUCCUUAAUCACGACAUCAAAUUAAUGAUUGGGAGAGAAUCAACAAUCAACAGGAUAAACCCAAAACUGUUCCUCUCCCUAAUUUUGAUAAAAAUAGUCCAAAUGAGGUUAUGAAAACACUUUUAUAAAGAUCACAAAAAUUUACAGUCCAAAUAUACAUUAUACUAAAAAUUUUGUAUCUCGGUUGAUCAGAAAGAUGAAACAAAUUAUUAUUACACUUGAAAAUGCAUUAAUAAAUUGAAAAAUAUUUUAAAAAAUUGAUAAAUUUGAAGCCAGAAAAAUCACAAAAACAUUCACUAUCAGCAAUUUGUAACUAGAAGCAAAAAAUCUGGAAAUUCUAUAUAAAAAGGAGCAUAUUAUAGGCUAUCCUUCAACAGAGAUUUGAAUAUAUUUUCCAAGUGUUAUGAAUGUUUUUGAUUCAAUUAAACCUUUAGUUACCAUGUUAUUGUUUGUUGUA